UUAUACGCUCUCUCUGCAGCUGAACUAGAAAUGCUUAGGAAAUACUUAGAGAAGAUGCUAAUCAGGGAAUGGAUUCGAUUCUUAACCAGCUCUGCUAGCAUACUUAUACUAUUCGUGCUAAAGAAAGAAGGCAAGCUAUGCCUCUGCAUGAAUUACAGAGCGCUGAAUCAGAUUAUAUGCAAGAACUGCAUUCCGUUGCCUUUGAUUGCUGAGAUUCUUAAUCGAUUAAGCUAUGCAUAA